AGCGCGCGCGGUUCGGAGACAGAGCAGGAAGUUGGCAAACCUACGAAACAAACAGACAAAAAAAAUAAUAAUAAAACAAAAAACAACGAUAAAUUAAAAUAAUAAAAAAUAAUAAGUUGUCCAGAACAUGGAGAAAUCCAGAGUGUAAUAGUCUGCGGAAAUCGCUUUAGAAGGGAAAUAUAUAUAAAUAUAAACGGAAGUUUCUCAUCCCCUCGCCGACUAGCGCUAGCUUAGCUUAGCUUAGCCUAGACUAGCUUAGCUCGACUUUGCUAACAAGGAAAAGCUAAAGGGGGGGGAGAGGUGAAAAAAAGGACGGGGGCAUUCACACAGUGUUGGCUCGGACACACAGACACAUUCCUGGGUCUUAAAUAAACAUUAUAAGGCUAAAUACUUAGCGGGAUACUGGCAGGAUUUUUUGCUAACAUCCGGGGCCUUUUUUGUUCCAGUCAGAAAAGUUAAACUCGCCACACACACACACACAAGCGCGCGCGCGCUCUGGCACGCACUGAACUGAAGGCCUGCAUGUGUCGGAGGAGGAAAACAAUAACAUUUUUAUAAUUGUAAUAAUUUAUUACCGUGAAGAUGUCGGCUCAGGCGCAGAUGAGAGCCAUGCUGGACCAGCUGAUGGGCACAAGCAGAGACGGAGACACGAUGCGGCAGAGGAUCAAGUUCACAGACGAGAGAGUGUGUAAAAGUCAUCUACUGGAAUCCUGUCCUCACGACAUCUUAUCAGGGACGCGUAUGGACCUGGGCGAGUGUUUAAAAGUGCACGACCUGGCUCUGAGGGCGGACUACGAGAUCGCCUCCAAACACCAGGAGUACUUCUUCGAGCUGGAUGCUGCCGAACACUUGCAGUCGUUUAUCGCAGACUGUGACCGGAGGACCGAACUGGCCAAGAAACGACUGGCCGAGACUCAGGAAGAGAUCAGCGCAGAGGUCGCUGCCAAGGCAGAGCGUGUGCACGAACUGAACGAGGAAAUCGGGAAGCUGCUGGCGCGGGCGGAGCAGCUGGGUGGAGAGGGGAACGUGGACGAGGCUCAGCAGGUGCUAGAGAAGGUGGAGAAAACGCGUGCCCUUAAAAGAGAGGCAGAGGACAUAUACCGGAACUCCAUGCCAGCCUCCAGUUUCCAGCAGCAGAAGCUGAGGGUGUGUGAGGUGUGCUCUGCCUACCUCGGCCUCCAUGACAACGACCGCCGCCUCGCCGACCACUUUGGGGGGAAACUGCACCUGGGCUUCAUCGAGAUCCGGGAGAAGCUGGAGAAACUGAGAAAAGCAGUGGUGGAGAAGCAGGAGCGGAUGCGCAUGAAGCGGCGGGAGGAGAGGGAGCGAGAGGAGGAGAAACAGAGGGAGUGGGAGAUGGAGAGAGAGAGGGAGCGUGAACGUGAGCGAGAAAGAGAGCGGGAGAGGGAACGGGAGAGGGAGAGAGAGCGCAGGAGGUCCAGAUCUCGCAGUGGGGACAGGUACAGGGAUGGCGGAAGUUCGUCGUCUCAUCGCUCGCGGCGGCAUCGCUCCUCCCACUCGAGAGACCGGGACCGGGAGAGGAAGCACAGACAUAAAGACCACCAUCGCUCUCGCUCCCACUCUCACAGGAGGAAGAAGAAGAGGUCGUCGCACACCCGAGAGCGGGAGCGCUCCCCGUCACAGGAGCGAUGGAGGGAGUGCGGAGGAGAAGACAGGUGGCGGGAAGACAGCCGGAGGGACACGGAGCGAGAGCCGGGGGAAAGAGAGAAGUCCAUCUCGUCCCCGGAGAUGGGCAGACUGAGGGGUAGAGAGAGAUCCGUCUCUGUGGAGAGAGAGAACCGCUCCAGCUCAGAGGAGAGGGAGUCGGGAGAGAUAUAAACAGAUCGAGCGAGAGAGAGAGAAAGAGAGAAUGAUGUCGGUUGCUAUGCUUUCAGAUGACUUCCUGUCCGUGUUGUUUAUUUCUGAGUGUUAUCCGACCUGUCAGCGACUGGAUGGGGCUUGGCAGAUGCGCACAGGGUCACAUCACAAAUCUGAAUGAAUUUUAGCACAAUUAGGCUUUAUUUACUACAACACACAGACAUGCUAUGUAUCUGAUAUUCUUUUGACGACUAAACAUUAAAAGAAAGAUCUCAUUCUCAGCUGCAUGUCCUUUUUUGGGCUGUACUUUCACGAUUCGGCCUCUUGCUCUCUCUCCCUCUUUUUUUUUUUUUUUUUUUUUUUUUUCUUCCCCCCUCCUAAUUUCACUUAAACAGAAAACAGUUAAACUAAAUAUUUUUCACAGACUUCCCUCAAGGUCUUGUUCUCGAAGUCCAGUCCAAUGAAAAAAAAUUCAGCGUGCGAUCUCAGGUGGUCUAAACUGCAGUGUGUGAAGCCCCACCGUUAGGUAACGUGUAACUAUGCUAAUAGCUGUCACGUUGAAAAAGUGAUCCAUUUAAUUUCACUAACAGUCAAGUUUAACAUUGGCUACCUCAACAACAGUUUCUCCAGCCUUAGCCACCUUUAACUAGCUGACUAACUUGUCCAGGUGUAGUUAACAGAUAGUUAUGUGACGGAAAACCGUAAUCGUCACGGAUUACAGUGGACUCCUUAUGAAAUACGUUUAACUGGCGUAAUACGUCCAUUAAAUUUUACACCCAGUCAGCCAUCUUUGACAAAGCUAAGGCUAGGGUCUUCAUGGCUGCAGAUAGAUGUCAUUUAUCCAACUGGGCCUGUUAUCCAAUACGAUUGUACUGAGCUGGGUCUCUGCAUGACAUCAGAUUGAGAAAAGCAGCAGAUUGAAGAAUAGAGGACUUGAGAGAAAAGUUGUGCACUUGGUUUUUUUUUUUUUAUAAAAAAAAUUUGAGUUUGAGUGAAAAUGACGGGUGCCUGAAUAACAUUUGCGAGUAGAUUCCGCCAGAUUUGCCUGUGUGCGUGUGUGUAUUAGAAGUUUCUCGUGCUCUAACGUACCUGUUUUGACCAGAUUUAUUAGGCAAGUGGGAGGAUGUACAGGACCAGAGAUUGUUCACUCAUGUUAUGCAUUCAGAUCUAUACAGAGGGAGCGACCUGCAAUCUGCCAGCCAACCAAAGUAGGGUGGGGGGGAAGAGGGCACCAACUUCAUCCAUGUUACAGCGAGUUAAUGUGAGGAAUAACAUUCCUCGAGAUGUUCACCUACCACAAAUGAUGUGUAUUUUCUUUCACAAAAAGAGCAUUUGUUUGUUUGUUUGUUUUUGUUUGUUUGUUGUUACUGUUAUUAAACAAAUGAUAACUGAUGCUUAGGAUGUUUUUACAGCUACUAUGAACCUGGAGUUAUUCGUUAACAAGCUGGUUUAAGCUGGAACCCCAAAAAAAUGUGCACGAUUUUCUGCAGACAACUACUAGCCAUCUUAAUGGAGUAUUCCAGCAAACUAAUCGCUAGUUAGCACAUCUGUAGCGUACAUAUCACGAGCAAAGGUUUUAACAUGUUUUCCUGUACACGCAACAGAAGACAACUUUUUGGGGCAGUUAUUAACUCCCUAGGGGGAGUUCCCUUAGACUUACAUUACAAAGAUACCUCCUCGGUACAUGGAAAUGUGUCAAUAUCGUUUAUGGUAACUGCAUAUAUGGUACCGAUGGCGAUUAGAUUUAAAAAAAAAAAAAAAAUUGAUAACGUUGUCCUUUAAAUAAGAUUUUUGUUAAUUUCUCAACGUUUAAGACUACGAAAUAUUCUUUAAUCAUGUGCCCAAAUUUUCUAAGAUGAAUAACUAAUAAAAAAAAAAAAAAUUUUAAAAGUAAUUGUCCCAAACCAGUCCUGUCUUGGAGAGGUAAUGAAUUUGGUCCCUGUGUAUGUUCACACGAACUUGUAAUGAAUUUUCCUUUUUAAAGGUAAAGGAGUAGGCGUUUCCUUCUCGACCAGGAAUGUAGAUCUCAGCCCAUGGAGCCUCACAGCCUUGAAAUGUUUGUAUUUUCUUUACUCUAGCACAGCGUUUCCUCAACGAAGUCCGAAUCUGAAUCAUGAGUGAUAAAGACGAUCGUAAGCUAUUAAUGCUACGAUCCUGAAACCAAGAUAAUCAUGCUCUUAAAGUUUGCUUGUUAACCAGUGCUUUCAGUUUCAUAGUGUUCUUAUUUUUAUUUAGAUUAGUUUGAAAGCUGUUUUUUUUUUUUUCGUUUUUUUUUUGGGGGUGCAAUGAAAAGUUUGAGUUUGUACAUGAAUGUUUAGACCAAACCUCCUGAGCAGCAACUGUGAAUAUAAAACUUUGGCUACUUCCCAACACUCAUCCUUGUGUACUCAGUAAUAAUGUUGGUUUGUUAGUUCACUACACCACCAUGAUGUUUUGAGAGGUAGCCUUCGUUUUUUCUUUGGAAACAAACAAUACCACUUUCUUUUGUCCAUGCUUAUUUGUACGUCCAGGUUGUAUCUCUCAAAAGCCAACUGUUUCUACUAUAGUAUGCUGUGUGCACAACUGUUUUUUUGUUGUUGUUGUUGUUUUCUUUUCUUUAUUUCCAGUUUGAUGUUAAGUUUUCUGGAGAAAUCUGACACAUCAAAUGCUAUACAAGUUAAAUAAAGACGUUUGGAAAAUUACA